UCUUCUGAAGGAGUUGGACUGUCAUUCAAGUGCAGAUAUUUCAGCAGCAGCUAUUCGCAUGACCACCGGAAAAAUUGCACUACCACCUGCGACCUGCGCUUAGAAUACCUUUAACAACACCCCUCGAAAUAAAACCUCUUCAGAGAACUUCCUCGCGGAACGCAAGAUUCAGGGCGGGGGUCGCAUUGCUUCGCGACGGUGCACUUCGCUGUCUUCUUUUUCGUCUCCUUCUUCUUCUCCUUCUUUCCUUUUUCUUUUUCCUUUUUUAGCCAAGUCAUCAACAAUCUUUCGUUGUCCGUUCUUUUCCUUCCUGUGAUGUCUUUGGAGCAGCAGCGGCUUUGGGCUCCCAAGUCCAACCGGUGUCCAUGUUGAUAAGCUCUCCCCAGAAAAUGUUUCUCCCUCUUGCUUGACGCACAGGGGGGUGUGGUCACAAGCCACAAGAUAUCAUCAAGAUCUCUUUCUUCUUUUUGUUGUUUCUUUUGAAGAAUUGGUUUUUAGUCCUUGCCGAUUGUUGUUUUUUGGCGGGGUUUUUUCGUUCAUCAAACACUGAAGAGGGUUUCUUCCGGUGUCUCUAGUGGAAAUAAAGUCUGGCUGAGUUCCAUGAUCAGUUAGACAGCUCAAGUUGCCACCAUAUUAGCCCGUGUUCAAGACUUCAGAAUGGUUAACCAAACGUUCUCCAGAGUUGGCAAGCUUCCUCUGCAUAAGGCCCUGGUGUGUUCCAGAAAAGGCAUGAUGCCGUCUAUGACGUCACUAGUGACCAGCACAGUCUUCCUCUCCCUCUGUUUCUCUGCGGUGUCCGUCUCGGCUCUGCCAGUCUCGCCACAAGAACACACAGACCAGGGCCUGCUCUCAGCGUCUCUGCAACAGACAGAGGGCGAGGAGGGGCCUCUCCGAGGAGUUGUCGCGUCUGUAAACAAAACACAAGCGUUGCAAGAAGAUUCCGGAGAAAUGGAGGCGACGAGAGAUGAGAAACUGAUUGAGGAAGACAACGCUGUUGACGAGAACGAUGCCAAGUUUCUCAAAAGUGAGACUUCUUCUGACGCCGCGAAGUCCACAAAACUUUCGAAAUCUGUCGAGCUUACGUCUGUAGUAGACAGCGAUGAGCUGAAGAAACCUAGCUCUGAAAACUCGGUAAACACGGACAAGAAAGCCUCAUCGAGUCCAAAAGACAAAGAUGGUGAUGACGUCGAUGUUGCUGAAAGCCUGCAAGCUCAAGACAAAGAUGCUGUCUCAAAGAAUAAAGAGACAGCAGACAGCGCCACCACUGACAACUACAACCAGUACUAUUAUUACUAUUACGACAUCGACGACGCUAACCUUAUUGGUGAACUAAGCGGCCAUUACGCUUACUAUUUUGACGUAAACAGCAACUCUGUGAAAAAAGUCGCUCUUGUAGGAGCAACGAAGAACAAUGGCAAGAUGGCGGAGGAGAAGUCAGCGGAUAUGACGUCAGUUGUUUCGAAGACGAACGAAGAUCUCGCUGUGCCAGUCAUAGACAGAGAGACGCUGGGGAAGCUGUCCAAAGAGAAGGUGUUGAACGAAGAAAAGUCGCAGACGGACAACAACGUCGAGGAUGGGUAUGAAAAACCGGUGGACGAUUUUAUCAAAGACAAAGACAUUUUGGGGAAUCCUGAACUCGUCAAAGAUGACGAAAAGAUGAAAGUGAACGAGAUCGAUGAUAAAAGUGAUAAAACAUUGGGGUCAAAUUUUCACGCUACCGGGGGCAAAACUAACGUGGUCGGAGCAGACAAAACUAACGUGGUAGGAGCAGACAAAACGAGUGACGUAGUCAGCACAGAUGUAGACAAACAAGAAGCAGAGUCUGUGGAGGAGGACAAAAUGGAACAAAGUAGCCGUGUCGACAUCCCACGCGCAGAAAACAUCAUCAACACACCUGACAGCCCAACGACAGGGACCAUCACAGAUCUGAAUAUAACACUAGAGCUUGAACGGAUGGAGAAUUCUGUUUUAAACAACAUCAACAACAAUAUUGAUGACGCCUCGGAGGAGAGCAUGAGUGAACCUGAGAGGAAAGAGAAAGAAGAAAUGUCGUUCUCGUUGAAGACACUGGACAUGGACGACAGGGACAGAGAAAAUCUCAUCAGCACGUACGCCAGGGCUGUGGGCGACCUGUCCCCGAGUGGCAAAAACAAAUCAGAAGCUGACAACAAAUCUCCAGAAGAAAACGAACUUCCAGAGCCAUCCGAAGAACCGGACGCAGACGUGGACGUGGACGAGAAUGUGGACGAGAAUGAGGACGAGAAUGUGAGCGUGAGCAGAUCAGACGCCAACAAGACGGAGGCCGCGCCAGGGAAUUGCUCCUCGUGUGUCUCCCCCGCCACCUCCCCCAACCCGGAGACAAUUCCCUCUGGGGAUGUAGACGAUGACGACGAGGAGGAGGAGGAGACUGAGCCGCAGAGAGAUGAGAAGAUUGUCUCUUCUAAACAACAACUCCCCGAGCAAAAAGUAAACGCGACCAUUAUAUCUACCAGCCUGAACGUUUCCUCCACUGCCACCACAGCGCCCUCGGCGGUAUUGGACAAAAACCAAAGUUCUUCACACAUGGAAGCGGUCCCCAUUGUCUCCGGCAGGGCCCAGGAACAAGUUCAAAUUAACGACUCUUCUAGAAACGAAUCCCAAAACCAGACAGAAGAGAAAGUUCCUUCUGUCCCACUAGAGCUUGAGAACAGUGAGGAAGAAGCUUUAGAUAACAUUAAUCAAAAUACAACAAACCUAAAUGGAAGUUUAGUUCACAGUUCGAAUUCCUCGGCAGGGUCAUCAUCAGUGAUUACUACUGAAAAUACUCCUCCUGAGAAUAUUUCAAAUAUCGAUAAUGUGGUCCUUGAUAAACAGAUCCCAGGAGAGCUGAGAAAAGAAGAAAAGAAGAAUGCGAAGACAUUAGCCGAAGCAGUCAUACCACCUCUAACUGCCUUGACAAAUUCGACUGUCAGCCAAAACGACUCGGAUGUCGGUAUCAACGAAGACACCCCAACCAGCCAGACUGGACACAUCACAAACAGCUCGCCAGAAACUGUGAACAAUACCGACCUGCUUGCUGAAGUAAAGUCCGGGAAUUCCGCCACGAACGAAACAGUAACAAUGUCUGCAGAGAAAGCGCCCACAAAUCUAACGACCGUUUCCCAGAACGAUAGUUCAGGUACGAGCUCAAAGAAUCUCUCUGACGCCGAAGUGGGAACGUUCCCUUCCAAAAAUCAGUCUGUUGUGCCAGACAAAGGCCAAGAGGCUUUGGAAGGAUUUGAGAAGAACAGAACUCUUGAUGACGUGAAGGAAACAAUCUCGGAAUUCCCCCUAAAAAACGACACGUUUAGAUCUACCCCUCAAGCUGCCCUGUUAGUGAAUGCCACACAGGUGGAGGAAGCGGUGCCCGACGUCCAAUUCAGCCAAGAAACAGGAAAAUCUAAAAAUAUUUCUCAAACCGUGCUGCAGCCUCUCACAAUUACCUUCAACGUCAGCAGUCUUCACCUCACACAAAACAAGACAGAUAUCACAGCCGCAGAGUUAUCACCUACACAAAAUUUUGCUCCAGAUCUUACGAACAAAAAGAAUGGAAAUUCAACGGUGCACAUUCCGUUUCAGGACUUGGAGACACGAAACAAUUCAGUUUCACUGAAAACAGCAACCAACGAAACAAAUAAUUUGUCAGGACAAGGUUUGCAAGCGGAUACUUCACAAACAACAACCACAGAAACCGUGAGUCAGAAAUCAGACAACAUCUCAGCUUCAAGGGAAGACGGAGAAGAACAGAAUAAAACUACAACUCGCGUGCCGGGUGUGGCGAAAGAGGAAGAAAUAGUUCAAAUAGCAGAAAGUGUCAGAGUUCAGGAGACCGUCGAUAUGACGAAUAUGACGAAAUUGUCUAGCGCAAAGCCACCUUUGCACCUGACGGCGGAGGGGAUGAAGGGUCCUUCUAGGAGUAGCGGUGGAGAUAAUGGCGUCAACACCAUUAUCAGCGACAAAAGCAAUAGCAACACCACCACCAACAACAACAACAACAACAGCAACCACAGUGUCCAGAGCAACAACAACAGCAACAACAGCAACAAUAACAGUAACACAAUGAGCAACAGCAGUAGCACCAGCAGCAAAGACAACAGUACUAGUAACAACAACAACAACAACAACAACAACAACAACAACAACAGUACCAACAGCAUUAACGCCAAUAACACCAGCACCACUACCAACAGCAGCCUCAGCCAAAACACCACUACCACCUCCACCGCCACCACCACAACCAUCGCCAGCACCAUCAACAACACGAGCACCAACACCAGCGACAACACCACCAGCAGUAGCAGCACUAGCACCACCAACAGCACGGAGAACGGGACAUCAGACACGGCUGACGUCACAUCCGAUGACGUCACAUCCGAAGACGCCACUUCCUCCGGAAGCACGGAGCGACCCAAAAUCACUCAGCGGGUAGCCAGGGAUGUAGGAGAUUUCAGCGGCACUGAGGAGAAAGAAGUGCCCCCAAUCAGCCCUUACAUGAUACAAGACUUCAGCUUGAACAGACCGCCUUCUUACGUGCUUGACAACGGUGGGAACAACAAUAACAACAACAACAACAACAACAACAACAACAACAACAACGACUACGGUGACGCCAUGUGGAGUGGCGGCAACGAGACCACGCCCACCUGCCCGGACAACUGCGGGGUGCCGCGGAUAGAAGCCCCGCCCCCUCAAGCUCAGGCUGCUGUCUCGGCUGUGCUGACGUCACAUUUCGGACCCACUAAGGACCAGAUCAUACCUUUCGACUUAGUUCUGCUGGAUCUGGCAGAAAACUAUGACAACAGCACCGGCAUGUUCAUUUGCACAAUCCCCGGAACUUACGUCAUUUCGCUGUACCUGAUGUCACAUCCGGGCGCCAAGGUGAACGCGCGCGUCUUCAUCAACAACCGACCAAUCGCUGCUCUGUGGGCGGACGACGCCAAAAGCGCGGGCUUCUACCCGUCUAGCAGCACGCAGACGAUCGCCCAACUGGGCUUCGGGGACCAGGUGUACAUCAUGCUGGUAGACGGAGGCUAUGGCGAGAGCUGGGUGCACGCCAACUACAAUGUGUUCACCGUCUUCUUGCUCUACCAGCAGCUCUUCUGAGACAAUUAAACACGCACACACAAUCUUUGUCCCGCC